AACAUUGGUUAGAAAAACUUACUUCCCUUGAAUACCAUGAAGUCAUCACUUGUGUGUAUACGGAGGCUGGAGAGGCUGUCAGUCACAGCCCACCUCACCAGAAAGACCUUACAGACAUCUGUGACUACAAAGAACAUGCACAGACUGUAUGAAGGAGUAAACGAUGAGGUCCCUGCGACUAAAGGCAUUGUAACAGGUACCAUCCCCUCCUGGGUUAAUGGUGCUCUCUACAGAAAUGGUCCAGCCAUAUUCCAGAUUGGUCCAGACAAGUUCAAGCAUCUUUUUGAUGGUAUGGGAGCCAUACAGAAGUUUGAGGUCAAAGAUGGAGCUGCUGUGUUUUCAAGGAAGUUUAUCAACAGUAACUCCUACCAGAAAAACAUGUCUGUCAAUAGAAUAGUCGUUUCAGAAUUCGGGACUUAUGCUGCGUAUCCUGAUCCAUGUAAAACAAUUUUCGAAAGAUUCUUCUCCUAUUUCAAACUAGGAAAGCCAACUGACAAUACUAACAUUACUAUCUGGCCAUUUAAAGACAGGCUUUUUACCAGCACAGAGACUACUCACCUCCAUGAGAUAGACCCAGACAAUCUGGACACAAUCAGUAAGGUUGAUUUGAAGGAUAAUAUGACUAUUAGUUCUGCUAUAGCACACGUCCACUGGGAUCGAGAUGGAACCAUACACAAUAUUGGUCACCUCUAUGAAGGUCAUCCUUCCUAUUGCCUCUUUAGAAUACCAGCAGGCUCAGACAUCACAGAUGGAAAAGUUGUUGCGUCAGUGAAGUCACGUUGGAAGUUAAACCCGGGCUACUACCAUAGUUUUGCUGUUACUGAAAAUUAUUAUGUGUUUGUGGAACAGCCUUUGGUGAUCAAUGUCUUGAAAAUUUUAACGGCUCGCAUCCGUGGCUUGAGAAUACCAGACUGCCUUGAUUAUUGGCCUGAUGAAAAGGCUAUUUUCCAUGUGAUUGAUAAAGCUACUGGAGAACCAGUUAACCAGUCAUUUGUCUACCAGUCAGAUGCCUUUUUCACAUUUCACCAUGUCAAUGCGUAUGAAGAUGGAGAUUCAUUGGUUCUGGACCUGUGUUCAUACAAAGAUGCCCAAAUAAUUAAAAAAGUGUAUAUGAAAGAUUUCUCCAAAGACCGAGUAGAUGAGACCUUGAAGCAUUUACCCAAGGCUAUUCUGUCACGGUUUGUUUUACCACUGGGAGUCAACUCAGAGACUCCUAAAGACAAGAACUUGAUUGAGAUGUCUGGAUGUAAGGCUACAGCUGUCAGGACGUCAGAUGACACAGUACAUUGUACACAUGAUGCCAUAUACAAUGAAGGAUUUGAACUUCCGACCGUGAACUAUGACCUAUACAACGGUCGUCAGUAUCGUUACAGCUAUGGAUUCAGCGUACAAAGUGAAAAAACUGUUGCUUUGGUGAAGGUAGACCUCCCCAAUAAAACAUCUCUUCAGUGGGACUGUGAAGGGUGUGUGCCAUCAGAACCAAUCUUUGUGGCCGAUCCAGACGGAACUGAGGAAGAUGAUGGUGUGGUGCUGUCAGCAGUAAUGACUUUAGGAGAGGGUGAUGAUAACUUCCUGCUCGUCUUGGAUGGAAAGACUUUUACUGAGCGUGCCAGAGCUCGAUUCCCAGGAGUCCAAAUCAACAGGGAUCUUCAUGGAUUUUUUAGAAGGACUGUCGAUCACCGGUUAUAGACUAAAUUAUAAAGAAGAUAUUGUCUGUUACGGAAGACUCUAAAAUAUGAUAAAAAAUGGAAAUACUUUUAUUUCAUGAUUAUUGCAGAAUAUUUAAAAGUAUUUUUACAAAAACAACUACUGGUCACUGGCCUUUCCUCACCAAGGUUCACCAAUACUCACUUUUCAUUGGUAAGAUUGAAAUAUUUUUUUGAAAGCUUUUUCCAACAAAAAAAAAAAAUAAUAAUUGUUUCAAAAAAUUUUUGGAAAACGUUGGCUAGUUGUUUGCAAAUUUACAAAUAUUCCCCUAGGCAUGGAUGAGAAUCUGUAGUAUAGGUUGAUGACCAAUAGUUCAAGUAAAAAUAUUAAAUAUUUUGUAUGUAGAAUAUUGAUUCCCUGUGAUGUUUUAUCGAGAAUUAAUGAAUGAAAUGAAUAAACCUUUUUACCCUGUGCCAUUCUAAGUCAGAAAACAACUUGUCCUAGGAUAUUGUGUCAUACCUAUUAAACUUCCAUUCUAGUUUGAUCUACCUUCUAUAAUUAGCUUUAUUGUUUAUACGUAUAUAGCAUCAUGAUAUUAAUGAUUAGUUUAUUUGUAGAAUCAUUGACAUAUAAACGGCAGUUAUUGUUUAUUAAUUUCUAUGUUGAAUCAUUAGUUUUUUAAUCUUGUUAUUUGAUGUUCCAGUUGUGUUUAUACUGCUUAAUAAUGUUAUAUUUUUUGUUCAAUCUUCCCCAUCCAGUUAAAAAUAAGAAUAUAAAUCUAUAUAACUGGACAUGUUGACGAUCACUCCACAGCCAAUUUUGAAUUUUCUUCCUUUUAUAAUAGCAUAUAAAACUCUGUAGACAAUUAAAUAUUUUCCAACUUUAAGUGUUAUUUUAUCUAAGUAACUUUAAUUUUAUGGUCAUCAAUGACAACCAAGUUUCCACCAAUGAAAUUAAUAUAUCAGAUUAGUACAAAUAAUGGGUUUUAUUUGCUUGACACUGCUAUAAAUAAGGGUCACAUGUUGUCUUGCCUAUUAUUUUGGUAUCUCUUCAGCUUCCCUUUUGUUUCAGUUUUCUUGUUCAUUGCAGUUAUUGAUUUAUAGUCACAUAAUGGCGAGAUCUUUUUUAUGAAAAUUAUAUUUCUUUCAUUUUACCUCAUAUUUUUCUUCUUUUAUUGAACCACUUUCCAAGUGUUACACAGCUUUGAUUUACCUAUUUAUGCCAUAUAUUCAAAAUAGUCUGAAGCGAUAUUUGCCAAUAACAUACCUCAGUUACAAGGAAGAGUUAUGUGUUUGGUUGCUUUUUAACCCUCUAACUGUACCUUUUAACAUUACUAUGGUAUCAAUGACGAAGUAAUACUAUCUCAAAAAAUUUUUUUAUUAUAAAGUUCUUGUCUUAAUCAGUGAUGUCAAAAACGCUAUUGCUAAUAUUUUCCAGUCAGAAAUUUUACCUUUCAUUCUUACUACAGGUAUUUAGUAAAGAGGAGACAACUCAUGUUGUCAAAAUCAAACUUAGACAAAAAAUUGGCUACAUGUGCCGGACAGAAAUGGGGAUAAAAAUAUUUCAUUGCUUCAGAAUAAUUUUUUUUUUCAUAAUUGAUUAAAAUAUUUUUGAAAUGGAUUAUGCAUCAGUCAAAUACUCGUUAUUAAGCGAGUCAUUGCAAUGUCUCUGUUACAGCUUGUGAUCUUACUUGGAUGCGGUGCCAGUGUUAGGAUAGAGGUAUCAUUUAAUUAUAAACCUCUGCUGUUGUUUGUUGCUAGUCAUUGCAAUGUCUCUGUUACAGCUUGUGAUCUUGCUUGGAUGCGGUGCCAGUGUUAGGAUAGAGGUAUCAUUUAAUUAUAAACCUCUGCUAUUGUUUGUUGUUUAGUGUUGCUAUUAAAUUUUGAAGACUGGUACAUGAGUGUGAUAAUAAUACGUCUGGUUUUUUUUUAGAAAAUCUUAGGACAGUGCAGAUAAAGUCUUUCAAUCAUAAAAAGAUUUAAAUAUAGAAAAGUACAUGCAUGUUUAUUGACGUAAGCAACAGGUUUAUUUUUUGAUGGACCUGUCUCCCUCAGACUGGCAAUAAAAAUCUGCAGCCUCCUACAAAUUUGUGCAGGUUAAAACCUGGGAGCUGCAGAGAACAAGGACAUGGUUUAUCAUCUGUAUUUUCAUAGACAUAUAUACAAGUUGCUUGGCAUGGAAGAAGUUACUUCAUGUGUUUUGUUUGUAUGUAACACCACUGUGAUGUGAAGCUUUGGUAAAAUGAACUUGUGAUGCACAGCAUCAAGACCUGAUUAGUAAAUAAAAGUUCAUUUUGUCUAAA